AUGUCGUACCCAGGGUCAGGAUCCUGCGGGAUCCUGCUUUCUGAAAACAUUGCCUGCAGUACCCCGAUCCUGGCCAUCCUGUCUAUCCUGUUCAUAAUUCUCUCCACUAUCGCCUUGUCCCUCAACACCCUACCAGAGCUCCAGGUGCUAGAUGAGUUCGGCCAGGCCAACGACAACCCCCAGCUGGCCCAUGUAGAAGCCAUCUGCAUCGCCUGGUUUACCAUGGAGUACCUCCUCCGCUUCCUCUCUUCACCCGACAAGUGGAAGUUCUUCAAAGGUCCCCUGAACAUCAUUGACCUGCUGGCCAUCCUCCCUUACUACGUCACCAUCUUCCUGACGGAAUCCAACAAGAGCGUUCUACAGUUCCAGAACGUCCGGCGUGUGGUGCAGAUAUUCCGGAUCAUGAGAAUAUUGAGGAUUCUGAAGCUGGCCAGGCAUUCCACAGGGCUGCAGUCUCUAGGUUUCACCCUGAGGAGGAGUUACAACGAGCUGGGCCUGCUCAUCCUCUUCCUUGCCAUGGGCAUUAUGAUCUUCUCCAGCCUCGUCUUCUUCGCCGAGAAGGACGAAGACGCCACCAAGUUUACCAGCAUCCCCGCCUCCUUCUGGUGGGCCACUAUCACUAUGACUACGGUGGGUUACGGUGACAUCUACCCUCAGACUCUGCUGGGUAAGAUAGUCGGGGGUCUCUGCUGUAUUGCCGGGGUGUUGGUCAUCGCUCUGCCCAUCCCCAUUAUCGUCAACAACUUCUCUGAGUUCUACAAGGAGCAGAAGAGGCAGGAGAAGGCCAUAAAGAGGCGGGAGGCUCUAGAGAGGGCCAAGAGGAAUGGUAGUAUCGUCUCAAUGAACCUGAAGGAAGCGUUCGCCCGGAGUAUGGAGCUGAUGGAUGUAGUCGUGGAGAAAGGAGGAGAGGGCAACCACCUGUCCCCCAGCCGCUGGGCCGGCACACCCAAAUACGUCGCCUCUAACACCAGUCUUCAUUCUACGGAUAAGACGUUCCCCGAAUCCAUCCUCCUGGGGUCCACCCACCGCAUCACCAUCACCACCAGCAGCAGCCCCCAGCGACGAGGCGGUACCUCUCAGCUUCUUAACGCUCAGAACCUAGAAACCAUGUACAACCAGAUGGCCAGGUCUCAGUCCUUCACCAACCUCAACACUUCCUGUUCCCUGAGCACCAUGAGCACCUCAACCGGCUUCACCGCCACGACAACCCCAGAGUUGCAGCAGCAUCAGCACCCGGGGUCCCCUCCUGCCCCGGCCCCGACCUUACAGAAAGUAGAACUGGAGAUGCACGAAGUCCCCCUGCCCAGCAUGGAUAGCAUCGCCAGCUGCAGGGACGAUUUUGGGGAAGGCUCUGUAUAUGGAAGGAAGUUCCCUCCGUCUCUGGACCUCCUCCCAGAGUCGAGGGUCGAUGACGUCCUAAGCCCCCAAGAUGCCACCCUCCUCAAAGACAGGAUGUAUAGGUUUGUUCCCUAUGACCAAGAUGGUGCCACAAAGUCCCCCAGAGACGACACAGAGAGCUUCAACAGAACUGUCGAGAACUUCCGGAACUCCCUGAGAGGCAGCAUCAACCCUGUCGUCAAGGGAACCAAAGGGUUAAAGGUCAUUUUUAUCGAGGGCCCCCCUACCGAGGUUCCCCCGACGCCACCCAGCACCACCUCACCCCAGGACAUUAGCUCCAGCCUCCUGGAGGAUGAGUCCCCUGAAGGGGAGACCACACCGCUCCUCCCCAGCACAGAGGCCCUUGACCUGGGCACAGAAGACGAGAUCUUCCCCCUAUCCCCGGAGAGGCUGAUGGUAGUGGUGGACACCCCGCCAGGGGACGAGGACACCCCGGACCAGAGUCUCGGGGGUCAAGGGUUGACCAACGAGGAGAACCACGAGGAGAAGAACCUGAUGGAGACAGCGGGAGCGGCAGGAGGGGCAUCGGCGGGGAACUGCACCCAGGGUGUGAUGGGGGGAGGGGCAAGUGGGGAGGGUAAGGUCGACAUCAACCAAAGUGGACACAAAGCAGAGAACCACAUGGUCACUCCAGAGAUCCCCCUGAUAACCGGGGACAGCAGUAUGUCCCCAACCUGUGAAACCAGCAUGUAA